AUGGCUGCAGCCUUCGCCAAACGGCUCCUGGAUGCCUUCGUGGAUGCGGGAUUGGAUCGACAGCAGUGCGACUUCGAUGAGGCUGCGGGGCAGAUGAUCAUCAACAACGACAUCACCCGAGUGGUGCCCAUUGCAACGCUCUUCGCACAGUACUCGCUCUGUGCUGAUGAGGCGGCCCGCAGCAAGCUGGUGGAUGGCGCGAUGAAGGCCUUCGUGGAAGGCGCUGCGGAUGUUCCCAGCAGCAUAGCUGAGACGGGAGACCGGCUGCUGCCGCAGCUCUGGAACAAACAGAAGAUUGCCGCCCGACAGAUGACGCUUCCAGCAGGUUUUGAGCUUCCUCACUGCGGCCUAAGAGGCGAACUGCCUUUGGAUGGCGACUUGGGGGUGGUUUUGGUGUGUGACUACGGAGUUGAUGGCCUCUCCAUCGAGACCCCUGUCCUGUCGAAGGAUUUGUCUCGCUGGGGUUGCUUGGCAAAUCUUUCUCAGGAAUUUUGUUGCAUGUUGGUGCUGGAUCCGGUUGGAGAUAAACAGCGGCUUCUACAGAACAUCCUAGAACAACGUAUCCGUUUGGGCAUCAUCAAUGGUGAUGUGGAUUUGUCUAAGGCUUAA